UGCAGCAGAAAGCAAAUUGCCACUCAAAAAUAAGCCGCUAUAAGGAAAUCUUAUUUUGUUUGAAAUUAAUUAAUAAUCUCAUAAACAAAAAAAUCUAUUAAAUGUCAGGAGAGCAAACCAAUAUAAAAGUGGUUGUGCGCGUGCGACCGUACAAUCGAAGGGAGUUGGAACAGAAUCAGCGUCAAAUUGUCAAAGUGUUGGACAAUAGCACGCUUCUCUUUGAUCCAGAUGAAGAAGAUGAUGAGUUCUUUUUCCAAGGAACAAAGCAAAACUACCGCGAUAUUACAAAACGAGUGAACAAAAAAAUUAGUAUGGACUUUGAUAUUGUAUUUGACCCAGAAACAACUAAUCAACAAAUUUUUGAGGAAUGCACUUCUCCUUUAGUUGCUUCUGUUCUGAACGGGUAUAACUGUUCGGUAUUUGUAUAUGGCGCCACUGGGGCAGGGAAAACUUUUACAAUGUUAGGCAAUGACUCUUGCCCAGGCCUAACAUACCUAACUAUGCGUGAAUUAUUUGAAAAAAUCCAAGCUCAAAGUGCGACUCAUAAGUUUGAUGUAGGUGUAAGUUAUUUGGAGGUAUACAACGAAUUAGUAAUGAACCUUUUGACCAAAACUGGACCAUUAAAACUACGAGAGGAUUCGAAUGGAGUUGUUGUUAGUGGACUUGUCUUAAAGCCAAUUUAUAGCGCCGAUGAGCUUCUACAACUUCUGACGCAAGGUAACUCAAAUCGCACCCAACAUCCGACAGAUGCCAAUGCAGAGAGUUCACGUUCGCAUGCUAUAUUCCAAGUGCAUAUUCGCAUGACGGACCGAAAAACCGGAACUAAGCGAACAGUUAAAUUAUCAAUGAUCGAUUUACAAAUAUAA